AUGGCUUCAUCCUCCUCGAGAGCGAUGCGUCCGGCAGGAAUAUCGGCGCCGGCUCAACCCAUCGACGAUGCUGAAAUCGUGCAGGAGAUGUACAAGCUCCUGGGUAAUCUCACGCGCAGCUUCGUGCCGGCCACGCGCAAGAAGCGCGAAGAAACCAAAGAAGAGCGAAAAGCGCGCAAGGAGCUCAAGGAUGCGCUCGACGAUAUGGGCUACGACAUCAUCGAGCUCAAGGCCGAAUCGGCGUCUUUGGCGCGACGACGAGAUCCGAGCAUGGUGGUUGACUCGAUCCGACGCAAAAUAAACCGCUUGUCCGUCGAUGGAGGCUACGAGUCGCAGACUCGGUUCGCCAACAUCCUUGCCCGGCUUGAAGGGUCCAAUGAGAUCCGAAAUGUGUCUGGCGUGCUUGAGCUGAUCGAUGCACUUGCAUUCACAGCGAGCGACGCCGGCGCCUUUGCAACCCCCGCCUCCCGUGCGGUCUCGUCUCGCACCAACAGACGCGAGCCCGACACCAGAGCAACUCCAUACACUAUUGCGGAGACACCUGCAACCAGCACAUCUACAACCGCACCAACGACAGCUGUUAGCCGUGACGUCGAAUCUCAUCCAUCCAGCAGCCGGGGAGUAUCAGCUCGUUCGCGCACCGCUGCCGUCGAGCAGCCGUUACCUGUCAAACCAACCAUAUCCAGCUUGGAUCCCUCCUCCCAAGAGAGCCCGUUGCAGAACGCCAGGCACCUCAUUACCGCCUCCGACCUUCACGGAGACGGUCAACCAGUCUCAAAGGCGCAGCUCCUGCGGAAUCUGAGGCAGCAACUGGGAAAGAAGCAAAUUCCCGAGGACGAGCUGCUACAAGACGUCAUCUUCAUCAUGCAGGGCAUCAAUGGUCGCCACGUCCGUUUCCAAGAAGAGUUUCAGUACGAUGCAGUAGACGAAGCUGGAGCAGCAGGUCCGACCAAAGUGGUCCGAGUGGUCUUCAAUGAAGGCGAAGCGGGAUACAUUAAUGCACCUACGAAGCGCAUCGUACAUCGACUGGCGGAGCUGGGUCAGCUGUACAAGCGAGUCUCCGAAUUCUCGCAGCAGAGGAGCACCGUCUCAGCUUCUGGACUCAUCAUGCAGAGUCUCUGCCACUUCAUCUCGAACGAGCUGACGGGCUUCUACCGGCUAGUGGCUAGCCUCGAGGCGCAGAUGAAUGCUGGAGGAAAGGGCAAAUCAGGGACGGCAGGCGGCUCCGAAGCAAGCGCAGGCGUUGAGCCCGAAACUCCCACCACCUAUGUCACGCUCAAACGUCUCUCGCUGUGGACGGAAGAGAUGACACUGCGCUUCCGCUUGAUGAGCACCAUCAUCGAGAGCUGCCAAGAUGCGCAUGGCGGGUCGCUCGUAUCGCUCAUCCAUUCUUACACGUUCAAUGGUGACCCCUUCAUCCGCAGAUUUACUUCCGGUCUUCUGGAUGAGGUGUCCAAGCCGUUCUUCCACUCGCUCUCCUUAUGGAUCUACGAAGGCGAGCUACAAGACCCGUUCCACGAGUUCUUUGUCGAGCUCAACGACGAUCCGCGCAAGGCGAGUCAGAGCCGCUCUAACGGCAACCCGUCCGACGGCGAUCUGCCGAGCUUUAGCGACCUUGACGGCGAUGCCGCAUCGCUGUGGCAGAACAAGUUUGUCUUUCGCAAGGAGAUGCUGCCCAGCUUCCUCCAGGAGUCGUUCGGACGCAAGAUCUUUUCGACGGGCAAGAGCUUGAACUUUAUCCGGCAAAGUUGCGGUGAUGUCGACUGGGUGGCUACGCGGCACACCAUCUCUGGCCCCAGUGCCCAGCUUCGCUAUACAGACCUGACGGGACUUGAGAGCACCAUCGAGAAGGCCUUCACCAGCGCCAGUAAGCGAUUGCUCGAUAUCUUCCUCGACGAGUUCAGGCUGCUGGAGCAUCUGCGAGCGCUCAAGGACUACCUCAUGUUGGCGCGCGGCGACUUUGUCGACCUGCUCAUGGCAUCGCUAGGGCCAAGCUUGAGUCGCCCGGCCAACUCGUUGUUCCGGCACAACCUCACAGCGUCGCUCGAAACAGCCAUUCGGGGCUCAAAUGCGCAGCACGACGAUGCCGAGAUCCUCCGCCGACUCGAUGCUCGCAUUCUCGAGUUCAGCACGGGUGACACAGGCUGGGACACCUUUACACUCGAGUACAAGCUGGAUUCACCCGUCAACACGGUGCUGGACAACCAGGCGAUGGUUGGCUAUCAGACCAUCUUUACGCACCUGUGGAAGAUCAAGCGAGUCGAAUUGGCGCUUAACUCGAGCUGGCUGCGACUGCACGAAACAGGCACGUCGCUGUGCCGGAUCAAGCGCGGCACGGGCAACACGAUGCUCGCCGAGCUGCGACGCCAAUCUCAGCAGGCGAUGCUGAUGCUCUCCGAGAUGAUCCACUUUAUUCGACAGAUGCAGGGCUUUGCGCAGCUUGAAGUGAUCGAAUACUCGUGGAACGACCUGCUGACGUUCUUCUCUCGACGUCAAGGCGAUUUGGACGAGCUGAUCGAGAGUCAUCGUGCCUACCUCAACGCGCUGAUCGGCAAGGUGCUACUUCGAGGCGGUAAGAGAGGGUCGCGAGACUACUUGGCGGGCGAGCUGAAGGCGCAGUUCGACUCGAUCCUCGCCUUUACGGUGGCUUCUGACGAUUUGACCCACUUGAGCACGCGUGAACUGGCUCGAUUCGACAUGGAGCGUGGUCACGUUUCAGCGCCGACAGAGCGUGGAGCACGGUCGCGAACUGUGUCGACUUCUGCGACGUCGGCUGCGACGGCUCUGUCACUGGCACCAGGCGAUCCGGCUGACCUGGCGCGGAUCUGUAAGCGGCUGUACGAGGCGUCGACAGCGUUCCAGGAGAGGAUGGUGGUGAUUGUGGGUGCGCUCGAGAAGCACGCCAACCUGACGGUACGCGAUCUGGCAGUGAGGCUCAACUUUAACGGCCGGUAUGAGAUGGGCACGCAUCGGGCAAGCGGUGUGGCGAAUGCUUCGACGUCGCCGGCAGCGCGCCCCUAG